AUGGCCCCGUUGGUAGAAAAUAAGGAGCCUGUGCCAACCCAGGCCCAGGUUCAAGGGAAACAGAAGUGGACGGAGAACGGCACAUCAACCAAGACACAUCACAAUGGCACCGAGUCACCCGAGUCACCGCCCCAUUCAUCCGAACUUGAUGCCCACGACUUAGUAUCUGGGUCGCCAGAGCAGGGGCUUGGCAUAUUGGUGGAACACUCACAUGAUCAUUCAAUGAAGACAGGCCGCAUGUCGAUUGUUAAUGUUUUUGAAGGUCCCAAGAUAAAGGCGGCUCUCGCAGAGCUAGCGGAGGGUGCAUCUCAACAGUCUUCAGACGACAAGGUUUUGAAGUUAUCACCAGAGAAGAUUCAAGAGCUCACCUCGGCGCCUGAGUCGAUCCCCUACCGUGCCGUUGGACCGGAUAUCAACACCGGAAGAAGAGUAAUGUCUGAGAAUGUUCGGUCGUUGGAUGGUCUUCUUGGUCGACCGACCGAGGCGUCAGAUACACCUUUACAAGCUCUCAGUGAGGCCCCUUCGUCUCCUGACGGAGGCCUCAAGAUUCGGCGAUCUAGCAAAGAUCCGAAUCCAGAGGAGCUGCCGAGGACAGACCUUAUCCAGCAAAGGAACUUGAAUAAUGGCAUUCCUCGAGGACGACCACAUCCAUCGCGAACCUUUUCAACUCCAAUUUCUCGGCGUACAACUUUAUCAACACCUAAUAAUGAACGUCUUACACAAACAUGGACAUCCCGGUCGAAACAAGAUCGAGAAUUGAAAACCCAGCUGGCAGCCUCACCUCAUAUCAUUGAGACGCCUUCAACUUCUCCCAUGCCAACUAUUCCUCUGCCUCCUCCGUCGAUCCCAACGUAUCUUCAACUUGAGCUAGCCUCUGGUCGCCCAUCUCCACUGUAUAUCACUGGAAACAACCAUGAAUUCCCGUACGAAUCAUCAAGUGCGAAGAUCGAACGAUUGUUGAACUUUCUCAUUCUUCCGCCGGUACUGGAACAAACACUUUGCUUUGGAACUCUUGCAUGCUUGGAUGCAUGGCUUUACUCCUUCACGAUCUUGCCUCUACGAUUCGUAAAAGCUUUGUACAUUUUAUGCGAAUCCUGGGCAUUGAAUCUUGCAGCAGAAGCCCGGUUCAUCUGGAAAUUUGUUAUCAACGGAUCUGGACGAGUUUGGCGACGCAGGAAUCAUUCUCUAGACGGAUCUCGUGACAAAAAUGAGAGCGAAUGUGAUGCUACCCCCCGCUUGCCUGAUGACAUGGUCUCACUCGAACCACAGAGUCGACAGAAUGAGGCGUCAAAAAGGAGACACCGAACUUCUGAAUCUCGCAAACACCAUCGCAGAAAGAAGUCUAUGCCCUCUGCUCUCCUUCCAGAUGAUAAGGCUGAUAUUCUUACCGGGCUGCUCAUGGUCACCACCUGCUGUGCUUUGAUGUAUUUUGACGCAAACCGACUUUUGGCUGCUAUCGGACAAGAUGUUCUGGAAUGCUUGUUCUCGCGAGAGGCCCUGGAGCGUCGGCCCAACGGGAGAAGCAAAAUUUUCCUAGCCCACUCAAUAUCUCUUUUCUACCAGGUGAUGACAUUGAAUGUGGCUGUGAAUUCGUACUCGAAUGCUCUGAUCACGCUUCUUUUGUCCAACCAAUUUGUGGAAAUCAAGUCGACCGUCUUCCGCAAGUUCGAGAAAGAAAAUCUCUUCCAGCUAACUUGUUCCGAUGUUGUCGAACGAUUCCAGCUCUGGCUAAUGCUCACUAUCAUCGCAUCGCGGAACAUUGUGGAAACUGGCGCUUUCAGCUUCAUUGGUAUCGGACUAGGCUCAAGCUUCUCUGGCCAGUCUACAAGUACCAAUAGCACUCCGUUGUCGACUCCUCCACGUAGCGCUUCAUCCAUUCUUCCUCAAUCUUUCACAUUCUUCCCCUCGUCGAUUUUAUCUCUCAGCCACGUAAACUCGUUCAUCCCAACACUGGCACAGGUGCUAGGCCCAUUUUUGAUUGUUCUGGGAUCCGAGAUGUUUGUUGAUUGGCUGAAACAUGCGUACAUCAACAAGUUCAAUAAUUACCGACCUGCCUUAUAUGUUCGAUACCUUGAUGUCCUUGCCAAGGAUUAUUAUACGAAUGCUUUUGCUGGAGGCGACCAUAGUCUUACUCGUCGCCUCGGUUUACCUGUGAUACCCCUAUCCUGCCUCUUUUUCCGGGUUUCAGUCCAGACGUACCAGAUGUUCCUGGCAUCCUUACUUCCACAAUAUCCUUCUUCUUCUACCGCUAUGGGUGUGGCAACUUUAUCUUCGAUUCAUAGCCAGCACACCGCGUCGCCUCUUCCCUCUGCGCCCCCUUUGACCUUCCGAACCAUUAUACCAAACGUCAACUCAUUCUUCCGCACGGUCCUUGAGAAUGCGAUCCCCUCGCCAGCUCAGUCAGUGCAAAUUUUCACUGUUGUUCUUCUGCUCACAGGAUUCAUCGUUCUAUUAAUCCUCAAACUUCUUCUCGGCAUGGGUUUGCUCGCUUUUGCUCGCUCCCGAUACAAGAAAAUGGUGAAGAGCACUGAGACCGAGCAGCGUAAAGCAUCACGAUCGGCCUCGCAUCAAGCCCCACAGCAAGAGAACCCCAGUGAAGCUCCCCCGACCUCUCGCAAAGACGAGUUCAAUGUCGAAGGAAGUCGUCGAGCCGGGGCAUGGGCAUGGUUGAGAUCAGUGAUGAAAAACGAAGGUGGAUAUAUGGGAUUACGACGGGUGAAAGAAAAGGAGGAUAAGGACAAGAAUAAGGACAAGGAUCUGAAGAUCGACCACGUCUUUCGGUAUGAAAUGGUUGCUAAGAAGAUUUGGUGA